AUGGGUGCAUCAUGCUCAGCACCAGUUUCUUCUACUAUCAAGAAAAACUGGAGAGAUCAUCCUCCUUCUUCUUAUUCUCUCAAGAUUCACAACUUCUCCCAACUUGAGAAAACUACUUCCUUCUCUGGUCAUAAAUACCAAUCUCGUCUUUUCUCCUCUGGUGAUAUAACUGGGAACGUAAAGGACAAUGGAAGUGGAUUUAUUUCGAUGUACGUGGAAUUAGACAGCUCAAGCUUGAUGGAAUCCAAACCACCAACUGAAGUGUUUGCGGAACUCCGCUUCUUUGUCUACAACAAGAAACAAAACAAGUACUUUACUAAAGAUGUUGAAAUAAAGCGGUUCGAUGCACUUAAAAUGGUGUGGGGAUUGCCAAAAGGUAAUGAAUGUGAGUUUGGUGUUGAUGUCAUUGUUGCUCCACCUCUUACCAAUUGGGAAAUCCUCUCUUUUCAUGAUGAGAAACUCUCUUAUCCCAAGGUCACUUGGAGUGUUAAGAACUUUUCUCAGUGGAAAGAAAAUGAGUGUUCCAAACCAAACAGAUUUUCAAUAGGAGGAAGGGAAUGGGUUCUAAAGCUGUUUCCGAAGGGCAACUCUAGAGCAAAAGGCAAAUAUUUAUCCGUGUUUCUUUAUUUAGCUGAUAAUGAAACACUAAAACCAGAUGAGAAGAUUUUCACGCAAGUAGUUGUGCGAAUUCUAAACCCGCUUGGAUCCAAUCACGUGGCAAGCCGAUUGAACUACUGGCACAAGGGAUCAAACUUUGGUUACGGUUGGUGUAAAUUUCUUUCCUUAGAUAAAAUUCGGAAGACUUACUUGGACAAAGAAGACACGUUGAUGAUUGAGGCCGAAUUUGAAGUUGUUUCCGCGACCAAAUUCUCUACCAUUAUCUAA